UCUAGUAGCCGUUGACGGCUCUUGUAGUGACGGAUCAACCCCGCUCUGUAACAUUUUCUUUUUCUUUUUCAUUUGUUUUGUGGAAAAAGAAAAAGGAGUACAACGAUACAACCUCGAGACAAGUCGGGACAAGACCAGUCUCAAGGCUCACCAUACUCAAUGAGCGGACAGCGCAAUGUCAGAGCGCUCUGGGCAAACGGCAAAGGGGAAGGAUGGCAAAACCAAGUAUGCAUCUCUCAACCUGUUUGAAACCUACAAAGGAAAGAGCCUUGAAACACAGAAGCCAGUUGUUGCCCCUCGUCAUGGCUUGCAGUCUCUUGGUAAAGUGUCCUCUGCGCGGCGCAUGCCCCCCCCUGCCAACCUGCCCAGUCUGAAGGCGGAGAACAAAGGCAACGACCCCAACGUCACGCUCGUUCCCAAAGACGGCACAGGAUGGGCAAGCAAGCAGGAACAAGCAGACCCAAAGAGUACCGAUGCAUUGUCAGCACCGCAGCCGGAGUUGCAGCAGCCUGUGGCUUCACAGACGCCUGCACCGACCCAGUCGAGAACCCCGCCAGCUCAACCGGUAGUGCAAGAGGCCCCAGUUACAGCUUCGGCCGCAGGGGCAAGGUCCUGGGCUCAGGCCAGUGUUACACAUGGAGCACAAGGGGAUGGUGGAAAGGGAUCAAACCAACUGUCGCCAUUCUCUCGCGAGGAAUUUCCCACCCUGCAAGCGGCUGGCGACCAGGACAGAGUUGGCAGAGAACAGGCCACUGCCGAUCAGUGGUAUGGGCCCGGACCAAGCCUCCGCCCCCAGAACGUGACGAGUUGGCGGGACGGUGGGGGCCGAGGACUGGCGCCCACCCCGGCUGGGGAGGGGGUGGCGGAGGCUGGUGCUGGGGGAGCCCUGGUGAUGGAGGGGGCCGCCGGGGCCCCUCCCCUUCAGCAGCCGAACCCCUCGUCCCACGGGCCGCCUAGGAACCCCCCGGCCGGCAGCCCCGCCCUGCCACAGCCUCCUGUCGGACCCCAGUUCCCUGCCUACCGUGGAAUCAUGCCUCCCUUCAUGUAUCCGCCGUACCUGCCCUUCCCACCACCGUACGGCCCCCAGGGGCCCUACAGAUACCCACCGCCCAACGAGGCGCCCAGAUUCGCUCGUGGUCAGGGUGGGCCAGGCCCUGAUGGGCGGCCCCCUGGAGGUCCCCGGGGCAGUGGGGAAGUGGUGAAGCGGCCCUCCAUCCUCAAGCAGGACGACCUGAAGGAGCUGGACGAGUUGGACCAUGAUGGAGACGAGGGCUGGGCAGGGGCUCAUGAGGAGAUUGACUACUCCGCCAAGCUGAAGUUCAGCGAUGACGAAGGAGAGGAGGAUGGUGAAGAGGAGAGAAGCGAGAGCAGGAAUGGCACUCGAGAGCCACAGCAGCAGCGUGCUCAGGACGGCUCUGCCCCGACCUCACGCUCCCGAGCGUCCGACAGUGGAGGGGACUCCCACCGCACACCCCCAGCCUCUGCUGCAGACAGCCCCACACCCCCCUCCAGCAAGCCAGCCUGGGCCGAGGAGGGAGGUGGCAGCUGGGCCGGACAGGGCAACACCGGACCCUACCAGGGCCGUAGGUCUGGACUGGGUGGCCCUCGGGAGCAGCCCUCCCCCCCACCAGGGCCUCUCCUCGGACAGGGGCCUUACUCCUACUACCGACAGGACCGCUCGUCCAAUCAGACAGGCCCUCCAGGUCCUGUCCCCCUGGUGGCCCAGAAGUCCCCAGGUGCUCAUCAAGGCAGCGGUAGUAGCGGCGGUGGCCCCACUCCUCCGCCCCCCUCUGGCGGGCUCCUGCCCCAGCCGGGGGCGGGUGAAGACGAGGACGAGACGUGGCGCCAGCGGCGGAAACAGUCCUCCUCGGAGAUCUCAGCCGCCGUGGAGCGCGCCCGUCGCCGCCGCGAGGAAGAGGAGAGGCGCAUGGAGGAAGAGCGCCGGGCGGCGUGCGCCGAGAAGCUCAAGCGGCUCGACCAGAAGCAGCAGCAGCAACAGCAGCAGACUGUCAAGCCGGACGGCUCAGUUGCGGCCCCCGCUGCCCCUGCCAGUAGCCCCAGCCCCAGCCCCUCACUCUCUGCCUCCUCGCCCAAUGUCAGUCAGCCCCCCUCGCCCUGCGUGGACCCCGAGGAGCCCCCGCUGUCCUCUGUACAGGCCGGCUCCACUGCCGGCAGUAACCGACAGAGGGCCGGCAGCAGCAGCAGCUACGACUCCAACACAGAGAGCCAGCCGGGUCCUCCACCACCAGUGUCCCAGCAGCAGCAACAACCGCAGCAACAACCACAGCUGCCUCCACAGAAGCUUCUGGAGGUCGCUGGGCCUGUGGACAGCAAAGAGGACUCCCAGGGUGUACCUCACGUCCGCAGUGGAAGAAGUGGAGGAGGAGGAGGAGAGGAUUCUGGGAAGGUGGAAAGCAUGGGGGGUGGUGCAGGUCGGCAGCCCAGCGGUCCGCCUGGUCAGGGCUACUCUAAAUACCAGAAGUCGCUGCCACCUCGCUUCCAGAGGCAGCAGCAGGAGCAGCUCAUGAAACAGCAGCAGCAGUGGCAGCAGCAGCAGCAGCACAGCCAGGCUUCCCAGGGCCAGCUGCAGUCUCAGCAGCAGGCUCCGCCACAGGGCCCCGGGGCCCAAGGGAACGCGCCACAGGGCGGCCCCAAGCAGACCGGCCCGCCGCUCUACCAGCCCGGCUCCAUGGGCCGACCCCACGCGCCGCCCCUGCCCAUGAACUUUGACCCCCGCUGGAUGAUGAUGCCCUACAUGGACCCCAGGAUGAUGCAGGGCCGCCCCCCGCCCAUGGACUACUACCCGCCCAACAUGCACCCUUCUGGGCUCAUGGGGCGAGAGCGUUCCGACUCCGGAGGUUCUGGGUCGGACCAGUUUGACCAGCAGCAGCAGCAGCAGCAUGGACCCCCUCAUCCCCACCGCGGGACACCCCCCAUGGAUCCGAAGCUGGCCUGGGGGCCCGAGGUGUUCCCCGUUGGAGGAGAAGGCCGAGGACUCAGCUCCCCGCUGAGGCAGAAGCAGGCCCUGGAUGAGGAGGACAACAUGGGCAAGGGGCCAAGGAGUGACACUCCUCCCGUCCGAGGCAGGGAUGGCGGAUCUGGCCCGAUACAGCAGCCUGGCAUCUCCCCCAACUCUCCCUCUGGCUCGUCCAAUCAGACGCCGCCACCCGUGGGCUCCCAGGUUGGCGGACCCCACCAUCAGCCCUUCAUGGGGGGCCGAGGAAACUACAGCGGCUUCCCCGACGGUGGAUCCCGAAUGGCUGCGCACCAGCAGCAGCAGCAGAGGGGUAACAGUGGAGGGUCCCUCCACGGCUUCGGUCACCAGGACGAGGGGCCCCCUCGUGGGGGUCAGCAGCAGGGUCAGAUCUGGGGCGCUCCGCACCCCCACUACGACCGCAACGGCCGCACAGACCUCUCCCCUCUGGAGAACAGUGGCCACCUCCAGCAGCAGCAGCAGCAGCACCAUCACCACCACCCCGGGCAUCACCCGCACUUCUCCCUGUACCCCCACAAGCAGGAGAACGGGCGCGGUGAGCGCGAGCGUGUAGGGGAGCCCAAGAAGAGCAACCCCUCACCCCCGCUCCACCAGCCGUCCCUCUCCUCCUCCUGCUCCUCCUCAUCCUCGUCAUCCUCUGCCAGGGAGGACGGCAGUGGGAAGCAGCAGCAGCAGCCCCAACAGCAACCCCAGCAUCAGCAACCGCAGGCCCCACAACCAGAGCAUGACGCCACGGUUGGGCAUGGCAGCAGCGGCGGUGGUGGUGGAGGUGGCGGUGGCCGGAAAGGGGAUAAGAUGCCCCCCAACGCCCACUUCUCUCAGUCCCAGCAUGCUCAGCAACCGCAGCAGCACCCCAAAGGCGGCCAGCGUGGCCGCGACCACAAGACUGAGACGCAGUGGGGCCCGCGACCAGGAAGCAGCGCACCGGGCGGAGGAGGUUCCCAGCACGGCAGAAAGGGAAACGCUGGACCGGGCGCCAACGUGGGAGGGGAGCACUCGGCAAACGCUUCCGCCGACAGCAAGUCAUCUGCGCAGGGAGGGGGCGCCAACUUUAACAAGAGGGCAGGCCCGAUCAAGAGGCCAGUGCUAAAGGAGAUGAAGAGGGAGGGCGGAGAAGGAGAAGGCGGGGAGAAGACCGCUGUAGGAUCGGGGAAAGAGAAGGAGCAAGAUGGCGGCCCGUUAGCAAACAAGCAGGAUCCAGCCACCAACUCUCAGACGUCAUCCACCAACUCCGGCAAGGAUGAAUCUGGCCCAGGCGGCAAGCCCAGGAACGGUGGCGGCAAGGAGCGAGCACCUGGAGGCAAGGGCCCCAAAGAUGGCGACGGCUCGGCCCCCGGCCAGGGCGGCUCCGCUCCGCCCUCCAGGAGGGACCGCGAGCGCUCACAUGAGGGAGUCGGCGGGCCCGCCACGUUCCACCCCUCCGCCUCCAGGGGCAGUCGGGCGACCCGUGCCCGUGGUGAAUUCUAUGGACGCGGACGUGGGUACCGGGGCUCCUACGCAGGCGGCGGUGGCGGUGGCGGCGGCAGCAGGGGCCGAGCAGGCGGCAGGAGCAGCCGGGACUUCCGGGCGUCGGCCAACAGCGGCUACCACCAGGAAUAUAACAAAAACGAUGGGCCGCGCGGCGGCGGCAGACAUGGGCAGCUGAGCUCUCAGCACAACCCGGCGCGCGCCCGCAACCGCAGCGAGACGCGCAGCGAAGGCUCCGAGUACGAGGAGAUCCCCAAACGCAGGAGGCAGCGCGGGUCCGAGACGGGCAGCGAGAGUGGCGCCAGCGAGCACUCGGAGAAGGAUGAGCAGCAGCAGCGCAAGCCCAGCGCCAAGAACGGCACCGGCCCCGAGAAUGCAGUGUCCAGCGGCGGGCAGUCAGCCCCACCCAGGGGCUCACAGGCACGGGUGUUCACCCCGCGAGGAGUGCCCUCCCGUAGGGGCCGGGGAGGAGGAGGCGCCGGAGGAGGCAUCUACCGCAGCGGUGGUGGAGGAGGGGGAGGCAUGGCCGGAGGUCACCGCUCGGCCUCUGGGUCGGCAUCCUCUCACAGCUGGUCUGCCAAGUCCUCGGCGACCGUCCGCAAGCAGCAGGCCCCUGCCAACCCCUCACCCCCUAAAGACUCAGGUCGCACCAGUGGGGGAGACAAGAAGGAGAAAGCCGGUGGUGGUGGAGGUGAGAACCAGUCUCAGAGCCAGGCCGCUAACCCGGCUCAGUCAGGGCAGGCUGCCACCGCGGUGCCCCCUCCGCAGAGCUCCACCGAGAACGGAGGUGUCGUGGGACAACCUCCGUCGGCCAACCCCGCCACCAACUCCACAGGGACCCCUGCCCAGUCGCUCCCGGGUCAGGACGGCCGUGGAACGUUCCCACCGCGGAACUUUGAGCGCCCACCCCGACGCCGUCGCCACGGUCGCUCGCAGCAUCAGCAGGACAAGCCACCCCGUUUCCGCCGGCUCAAGCAGGAGAGGGAGAACGCCGCACGCAUCAACGGCAGCACGGGACAACACCGCUCCUCCUCGCCUGCUGAGACAGAUGGCCCCGGCAACCCCAAUGCCGCCGUUCCCAAUGCUAACCACAACUCCACAACCACCAACGCCACCACCAACAACAGCGGCAGUGGCCAUGUUGGGGGUAGUGGUGGUGGCAGCGGCAGCAAUCUGAACUUAAACAGCCACCACCACCAUCACUACAACCAGAGCAACGCGUCCCAGAAUCACCCACAGCACCGACACAACCACAACCCGGCCGGGGGCGCCAAGUCCCCCGACGUCUCCAACCAGAACUCGGACCACGCCAACGAGGAGUGGGAGACCGCCUCGGAGAGCAGUGACUUCACAGAGUUCCGCGAGCGAGAGGCAGGAGGCGGCGGCGGCAAGUCAUACCCCUCCCACCACCACCAGCACCACCACCAGCACCACCCUCCAGGGCGCGGUGGAGGAGGUGGCGGUGGCGAGCGAGACCUGUCCUCCAAAGAGGCGGCCGGAAACAAGAGGAGCUUCUCCAGCCAGCGGCCCGGCAUGGAUCGGCAGAACCGGCGUGUUGGCGCCGGCGGUGGCGGUGGAGGAAGAGGCCCCCGGGGGCCGCCCGGCGGUGGUGGUGGAGGAGGCGGAGGCAUGGGUGGGGCGGGCAACGGAGGAGCCAGUCGCGGCGAGAGGCGCGGCAACUGGCCCUCCCCUAAAAACAGGAAGUAAUUUUCUUUUCUUUUUGUUACUUUUGUUUUGUUUUGGAGAAUUUUUGGAAACAUUUCAAAUGCAUCCUGUGUCUCUUCCCCUUUCCUACCCUGAAAUCUUUCUGCCCCUUUUUCGUUUCCAUCAACUCACUGUUGUUUUCUUUCCUCAACCCUAACAUGCUAGCACAUUAUUGUACAAUACAUAGUGACGGAGACCGUGUACUUACUCAUUCUUGAACCCUACCUGCCCCUUCUCUGUGUUGCUUUCUCUCUCACUGCUGUCUCCCCCCAACCCUUUUGUAGAUCCAUGCUCUGCUCCCCCUCUCCCCCACCCCCUACAGCAAUCACCCCACCCCAGCCUACCCCUCUCUGGCCUGGCUCUUGAUUAGAUUUUACAGACACUUCAUUUUAAAACUCGAGCAUCUGUUGACUGAAGCUACAAACGUUCAAACGAGAUCCACAACAGUCGCACGUUUGCAUUUAACAAGCACAAGAUUGCAUUGAACCCAGUCCAGUGAGGUGCCGAGCCCGUGUCGGAGGGAGGUGGCUGGACAAGGCUCAGUUCAGAUACACGAAGACGGGGUCAAAGGCCACAAUGAACUUUUGUAUUGUUACCACAGGGUGGAUGGACUGAGGUCAUCAAACUAGCAGGGGAGUGGGUGGGGGGUGCAGACCUGCCGAUUUCUUUCUCUACAAGAGUGGUUGGGAAAUGGAGGUUACCGUUUUAUCGUGAACAAUUGUACCAUAGGCCUGUUUUGUUUGUCUCCCCUCAUGUUGUGGGGAAUUCUUUAAUAUUUUUUUCUUCCUACCCUCCUGUGUUCAUUGUUCUUUUUCUUUCCACCCUUAGAAGAGUUAGGGCUGUGUACUUAUUUCUCUUCUUUUCUGCAAGGCAGAUCAUUUAUUAAAAAACACCUUUUUAUACAAACCCAGCCCUUUCUCGCCGUUAUUUUUCUUUUUGUUUUGGGUCUUUCAACAAGUACAUCAUUACUUACUGUGACUACCAACCCCACAAAGAACUACUGCUCACUUCCCCACUCACACUGAUUCUGUCUCUAACAUCAACGUCCUUGCUGCUCUGUCCUACAAAUAUACGGUGUGAUUUCCUCUUUUUAGGGUUUGGGGGAGACUCCUCCGGUGUUAUCUGUUUUGACUGAUGAAGCCUGUUUUUGUUUAUUUUUGUUUUGUUUUUGUUUGCCAGCCUCAGCGUAGCACUCUAGUUUUCUUGACACAAACAUUUGAGUACACUUUCAUUCAACGAGGAAAUGUCUUGUCCUCGAGCAAUGGCAUGCAAAAAAAGGUGACUGAAUUGAUGGCUUAAAAAGGCUUUAAGAGGUUUUUUUUUUCCCUCUCUCAAAACUCAUUUCCGUUUUUUUUUUUUUUCAGUCUCUUGAAAUCUCCAUCUCUUUUUUUUUUUUCUUUUUUUUUUUUUUUUUUUGUCUUCGGAGAAUGGGUCUUGAGUAUUCCUGUCAAUAUUGUUAUGAUUAGAUACAUGCACAGUAAUUUGUUAUCCAUAACAGCUUAAUAGUAAGCACUCCUAGAAUAAAGCAAACUGUUAUGGUGUUUCUUUGGGGGGGAUGGGGUCCUCCCUGCCCCUCUAACCCUCUCUCUCUCUCUCCCCCUGCCCCUCUCCCCCUUAAUGCAUGCCCUCACAAUGUUGGAUAGUGCAGCAGGUGUCAUAACCCCUCUCUGCAGGGGCCAGAGAACUGCUGGCCACUGUUGCUGUUGUUGAGUGUUUUUGGCUCUGCCGUUGUGUACAUAUAAUACGGGAGGAGGAGGAGGUGGCGGCUCUCUGCUUGGGUGGUGCGGCUCCUGCCAUAAGUGUCUACAGGGUGAACAAAACAGCUCUGUUUAAAAAAAACAAACAAAAAACUUUCCACUAAGUGUUUCAUAUUCCAUAGUCUUCAACUUCAUGGGCCUGCUGUGGAAGUCCAGCAGAUGUGAAAGUUCUAUAUAUAUAUAUUAUAUAUCCUCAAAACUGACCCUUUCUGUUCUUUUCCUUUAUUGAUGAAAUUUGCUUACUUUCCUGUGAGUGUUACGGAGCUGUUCAAGGGACGUUGAUGAAACCCAAAUGUUGACAAAAAACACUGACAAACUUCUACACGGUAACUCCGCCUUAGGGCUCAGCUCAGAGGAUUUCCAAAGUCUAAAAGGGCAUCAUAAACAAUUGAGAAUACAUUUUUUUUUCUUUGUUCCUCAAAAUUGUAUCAAUAUCACACUGCUGUAAGUUGGGGUUUGUCUGUGUACUGGAGCUUCUGUGACGUCGAGUAGGGUUUACGAAUGAGUGUGCGCAUGGGCAGUUUUCUCAACUCGUGUGACGUUCCCCCCCUCGUCAAGGCAGAGGUCGUAUGCGACACGUUUAAAAAUGUUCUUUUGUUUCUGCCAUAUUAGGAUACAAUUGUACCACUCACCUUUGCAUACAUUCACGUAUAUACAUUGAAGUGUGUGUAUAUGUUUAUCCAAAUGAAGUACUUGCAGUGGGGUAACUUAGCCAAUUGUUUGGUCAUCAAGGAUUCCCCCCUCAUUUUAUACAUUACGGAUAAAAUACAAAAUGGGGUGGGUAUCUAUUUUCCUUUUUAACACUGUUUUACCCAUGCAUGAACACAUCUAUGGAUGCAGCAGCUUAAGGAGCCUGUCAUACAUUGGUAGCCAUAUUACUCGGGGUGGGGUGGGGGGCUCUUAACUGAUUCCUUCAUCCCUCGUUAACUUUUAUCUAUUGACGUGGUCAUAUUGUAUGUACCCAUGUUUAAAUAAAAAAGUAAAAUAAAAUAAAAAUGUAUUCCUUGAAAUACUCCAAGAUUGUACUAUAUUUCCAGCAUUACCAAGGUACCCUGGAGUGGUUGAAGCUGUUAGGCUAUAACUGGUUUAUUAUUGGAACCGUAAUAUACACACAUGUAUGUAUAUUGGUAUGUAUCGAAGUUUGUCUACCCCAACUUACAUUCCCACAAACAAAUGUUGCCAUUUUAAGUUCAAGGGAGCAAUGUACAAGCAGAGAAGUGUCUUAUUAUAAUAAAAGUAUACAAAGAAAAAAGUUAAUAAAUUUUUGUUUUACUGGAA